ACAGAUCCCUGAGAUCAUUGUUUGUAAAAGGAUACUUUUAUGACACACAGAUAAUAGCAAGUUUAUUGGUAACAGACGGAAUUGAUAAUCCAGGAAUUGCUKCUCUAAAUGGAGCAUCUGCAGCACUUGCAAUAUCAAGUAUUCCUUGGAAUGGACCAAUAGGUGCAGUAAGAAUAGGUGAUGUCGAUGGGCAGUUUAUUGUCAAUCCAUCRUCAAAUSAGAUGAAACAAAGCCAGCUUGAUCUAGUUGUGGCYAGUAGUGAAAAUAAAAUAGUAAUGUUGGAAGGUUCAGCAAUGGAGAUUAGUAAYGAAAAAUUUUUUGAAGCUGUUAGACUGGGGUUUCAGGAGGCUCAACCAAUUAUCAAUGCMAUUAAAGAGCUACAGUCMAGUGUUGGCAAGGAAAAAAGGGAAUACACACCAAUGGUCCCAAGUGAAGAAAUAAGCAAUGCUGUUCACAAUUUUGCAUCUGAUAAACUUCGUGAAAUAUUUUCAAAUUUUACUUAUAAAAAG